CAAAGCAAAAGAGAGUCACAUAAAGAGGAGAGAGUAUAUGACUUACCUUACCUAACCUGCUAUCUACGGGACGACAGGGUUAGAUACUGUAUAAAAAGUUCUCAUCGCAUAUCGACUAUAGUUAUUUAUUUUGGACUCACAUAUCCUUUGACUGAAUCCUUUUCGUGCCGAUCCGGCCUCUACUGGGCCAACCCCCUCUACGUGUUUUCGACUUUCCCUUGGUGUCGAUCGUUAGUCCAAUUCAGCUGGGCUUCGGGGGCUAGUUAUAAAAGAAGAAGAAAGAAGAAAAAAGGAAGAGGUUAUCUACUUGACAUACCCCUAUAUUCACGCUUUCAAAGUCUCUCUUGCAGUUUACAACGAACCGUGGUAAACGGAAUCGUUCAAACAUGGAGAAGAUCACGGACAAGAUAGCCGCUUUGCCGGCCGACUCGAAUUACUUCUCGCUCGAGUUCUUCCCUCCGAAGACCGCUAUGGGCUUUUCCAACCUCCGCGACCGUCUCGAUCGAAUGGCACGGGCGCUACGACCUUUAUUCGUAAACGUAACAUGGGGUGCUGGCGGAUCUACUGCCACCAAGUCUCUCGAACUCGCCGAGAUAUGUCAGAGGGAAUUGAACUUGACGACAUGUCUACAUUUGACGUGUACGAACAUGAGCCGGAAACUGAUUGACAGGGCGUUGGAAGAUGCGAAAGCAUUAGGUAUCAGGAACAUCUUAGCCUUAAGAGGCGAUCCUCCACGGGCUGCCGAAUACCAAGACCCCAAUGAGAAUCCUGAGGAUGCUAUAGACGAAACCUUUAAGUGGGCUAUUGAUUUGGUCCGGUAUAUAAAGAAGACUCAUGGAGAUUAUUUCUGUAUCGGUGUCGCGGCAUAUCCCGAAGGCCAUGCCGACGAGAGCCAUCCUUUGGGCCAGAGUCUGGAACACGAUCUGCCUUACUUGGUUGACAAGACCCUUGCUGGGGCCGAUUUUCUCAUGACGCAGCUAUUCUUCGACACGGAUGCUUACGACGAUUUUGAGCGAACCCUGAGGGACCACCCCAGCGGCGCGUUUAAGACAAUUCCUAUCAUCCCUGGGUUGAUGCCCAUUCAGAGUUACCAAAUGAUCAAGCGGACGACGAAGCUCAGUCAUGCCAAAAUACCCGACGCGAUAAUGUCACGGUUAGACGCCGUGAAGAUGGACGACGAGAAGGUCAAAAGCGUUGGUGUAGACAUCUUAUGCGAGAUCGUCGAAAAGGUCAAGGAGAUCAAAAGUAGGACACCUGGGCCUAGAGGGUUCCAUUUCUACACUUUAAAUCUCGAAAAGGCCGUGUCCUUUAUCAUCGAAAGGUCGGACCUCAUACCCCUCAGCUCUCCUAUCGAAGAAGAGGCCAUCCAGGAUAUCACAUCCAAGAUCCCGGCCCUCCAGGUCAACGGAUCCCUAGACCACGAACCUCUCCCGGAAGUUUCCCGAAGUAGAAGGCAAUCGAACGUCAGCUCGGAUACCCGUAACCGCGUCAUCGUCUCCGGACGACCGAUAUCCCAUCCCGAAUACGAAGCUACCUCGGCCGAAGCCAGCAUACCAGCGGAGCCGAUCAAUAGUCGAGCUAACACCUUGGCGAUCUCGGAGGGUGAAGGAGUGCUUGGCCGAGAAGCGACUUGGGACGACUUCCCCAACGGCCGAUGGGGUGAUGCCCGAUCACCCGCAUACGGUGAAAUAGACGGGUACGGGCCUAGCUUGCACGUCUCCCACGCACAAGCCGUCGGUCUUUGGGGCUACCCCGCCAAACGGGAAGAUAUCAACGACCUAUUCGUGCGACAUCUCAAGAAGGAGCUCUCGGCCAUCCCGUGGAGCGAGGAGGAAUUCAACGAGGAGACGCAGAUGAUCGCCGACGAGCUCGUCCGGCUGAACCGGAAGGGCUGGUGGACCGUGGCCUCGCAGCCGGCGGUCAACGGGCUGCGGUCGUCGGACCCGGUCUUCGGCUGGGGCCCGCAGCAAGGGUUCGUGUUCCAGAAGGCGUUCGUCGAGUUCUUCAUCCCGUCGGCCGAGUGGAGGGUCCUGCUCGAGAAGCUCCAGAGCUCCGAGGUCCAGGACACGGUGUGCUUCUACGCGGCCAACGCGGCGGGCGACUUCGUCUCGUCGGACCUCACCGGCGGCCUGGCCGGCGAGGCCAAGGAGCCCAGCACCAACGCCGUCACCUGGGGCGUCUUCCCCGGCAAGGAGAUCGUCACCCCGACCAUCAUCGAGGAGGUCAGCUUCCGCGCCUGGAGCGAGGAGGCCUUCGGCAUCUUCGGCGCGUGGGCCCAGAUCUACGGCAAGGGCUCCGACACCGAGAAGCUUCUCGAGAAGGCCAAGGCCGACUCCUGGCUCGUCAAUAUCAUCCAUCACGAUUUUGUGGAUAGGGAUGCCUUGUGGCGGUUGUUACUUGACUAACCUACCUAAGUCAGGUAGGUACUAAUAUAUGUAUGUACCUAUACCUAUACCGAAAGGUAAAAAAUAAAAAGAGGAAAAGAAAAGAAAGAGGAAAACUAAGAAAUUAUGCGGGACGGUUCAUUCGCGACGAGAGCAAUUAGUCUGCCUGCCUGCCUGUCUAGAUAGAAAAGUACCUCGAUUAGGCU